UGUGAACAGUCAAGUGAAGUACAUAAAAACCAUUUCAAUUGGUGAGAGAGAGAGAGAGAGAGAAUGGGGAGAGAGGUGUCAGAGAGCUGUGUAGAGAGUCUGAUGACAGAGAUUGUCUCUUCUUACUGCAAUCACUUGUACGCCAACAAGCCAGAGCUCGCUGCUCGAAGGAUCGAAGCUAUCGGCUAUCAGGUCGGCCACCAGCUCUCUGAAAGGUAUACGAUGGACCGGCCACGGUUCAGUGAUCAUCUAGAGGCAAUCAAGUUCAUCUGCAAGGAUUUCUGGACCGAGCUCUUCAAGAAGCAGAUAGACAAUUUAAAGACCAAUCAUAGAGGUACCUUUGUGCUACAAGACAAUCAAUUCAACUGGCUUUCACACAUGUCAAUUGAACCGUCCUCUCAAAACUCUGGUUCAGUUCAAGAUCCAUCUACUAUGGCUGAAAGUAAGGCAGCACAAGCAACAGGCAUGUAUCUUUACUUCCCAUGUGGAAUCAUACGGGGAGCGCUAUCGAACUUGGGAAUCCCUUGUGCGGUUUCUGCAGAUAUAUCGAACCUUCCUGCUUGUUCAUUUGUGAUCCGGAUAAAGGCCUGAUGAGUGGUAUUAACAGAGGGAUUCAGGCUUCUGUUCAAUGAUCUGACCCACACCAAAGAUGUGUUCUUCUUUCUACUCCGUAACUAUUUACUUAUAGUAAAACUUUUGAGUGUUAAAGUCAUUAAAUCUGUAUAACUGAAAUUCUUCUGGAGAACUUUGUGUGUCUGUCUCCCUGAAUGAACCAUGCUGUUGUAAAGUAGAGUUGCAAAAUAUCUCAUUUUUAGUGUUUCCACAGUUCUAACGCAAAUAGAUUUUAAGGAUGUUUCAGUAGUA